AUGUCGGGUCAUGACAAUUUCCAGCAGAAGACACUCCAUUUCCUUGAAACAGUGUAUGAGUCACAAGUUCACUGGUAUACCAAUCGUGACCUACUCCAGACCCAUCCACAUUUCCAUGGGCAAGCCCGUUAUGAUUCCAUAAUGGUGGACACAGUUGGUGGGCCAUCUUUUGCUUGGCUGGUCCUGAUGUUUUCCAUCACACCUUCAAGUAACAUUGGUAAGGUCCAACUUGCCCUCAUUCGCUACUACAUCCCUGUCCCCCCAAGUUCCUGCCCACCUUCAGAUAGAGCUGCAGGUUUCAGGCAAUUCAAACUCAGUGAAGAAGGUUCCUCUGCCAUCAUUUCAUUGGAAUCUGUCAUCCAUGGAGUAUUAAUGGUUCCCACAUUCUCUGACUCUGGCACUGCAGCAAGCACAUUUUUUGUCAAUGACCUCAUUGAUGGUGACAUAUUCAUUCUGAUGAAGCAUUUUUGA